AUGAAGGCAUGUGCAUACGAGGCCGAGCUGCCAGACUCGAUUCAGGAUGACAUCAACCAUCUGAUAGGACUCGAGCGGGUCAUCAAGAUUCCUGAGGAAGUCGCCAAGCUGCUCAAGAUCCUGCACCUCGGCAGAGGUGUCGCCUUUGAUCAAGAUCCUCCUCCGCUCGCCUUUCGCCUUCCCGCUCAACGGCGCUUCAAGGAGCAUCUUCGGCUUGAGGCAGCCGACUCAGUCCACAGUUACUUGCAAAACACCGCGCGCCGCACCGAUGAACUUCUGAACGACCCUCUCGCAGCCCAUCCCCGGGCACGCCAAUAUCUCGCCGAGACAGCGCCGGCCACAAAGAACCUUGGUGAGCCUGUGUACGAGUCGAUGCAGGGACUCACCCGGGCAUGCCAAUCCCUGCUCGUGGCCGAGAAGCUCAAGGUGGUGCCCUGGUGCCAUCUCAAGAACUCGUUUUCGGCGGGCCAGAGCCGGACACCCCGGGAGCUCUCGGAGCUGGUGCUGGCCCGUGAAUCAGAGCAUGUGCAUCUGAGCCGCACACAGCUCCAGCAGGCUCUGACAGAGGGCCUCGUGAGGGGCGAUCGCACCCGCUUCUUGAAGAAUCCCCGGAAGCAGCUCUUUGGCAUGCUGAAAGCCCAGCAGCAGCAGCUUCUGCAAGAGCACAUCCAGGGCUUGACAAGAGCUUCACGGCUUCCAACAGAGGGCCUGGACCAGGAGCAGACCAGAGCACACCCCGAGCCGAGCGACCGAGCCGCUUCCACUUCCCCGACUCUCAUGCUCCUGCCCCCGCCUGAUGCCGAGCCCAUCAUCACCACCGAGCCUCUCGCCGAAGAAGACCCUCCAAAGGAAAGCGUGGCUUCUCUCAGCAUCAUUCCACUUCCAUCUCGACUCUCCCUCCAAAAUCCCGAUCUUGUCGUCAAAUCCGGUGAGACCACCCGAGCACCAUCAGCAGUGACCCGGUCCAUCUCCAGAAAGCCAACCAUCCUGAUCCCAACGCACACAGACAGCCCCGAGACAGUCCUCACCACCCCGAUAACACCUCGCAUUGAAAGUUCUCAUCGACCGUCCUCGGCGCCUGUGCACAAUCGCCACAGCUUGAUUCCAAGCCGCACCUCGAUUGUGCCCGAGCCCCGAUCGUCGUUCACCAAGCAAGAGCUGCGUGAGAUGGGCAUCGAGUCCCUGCCACCGCCCUGCCCAGACAUCUCCAGAGCAAAGGAGCUCAAGACUCGCCCAAACACCUGCAUCCCGAGCCACCAUUCUCGCGCCGUGAAGGAAGUUUCGCCCAGGAAGAUCAUUCCGGUCAGGAACAUGGACUCGCUGGAGGUCUCGUCAGGGCAGUACUACGAUCCCAUAAGCCCUCGCUUCAAGAUCCUGAGCAAGCAGGAGGUGCGGCUCUGGGCGCUCAAGUCCUCGGUGUGGGCUAAUCCGACCCACGGCUCGUACUGA